UCCUGCGCAAUAUGUCAAUCCCACUCUCAGAGUUAGUGGCACUCUUUUGAAAUUAAAAACAAAAAAUAAAUAAAUAAAUAAAUAAAAAUUGCUAACUAAAUAAAUAGGAGUAAUAGAAAGAGAGAGAGAGAGAGAGAGAGAGAGACAAUCCUUUUGGCCAUCCAUCAAUAAUGGCGGUCAGAAAGCUUUUAGGACUAUUUGUUUCUUUUUUAUUGGUUCAAUUUUCUUUUCUCUUCUCUUCUAACUUCAAGAGGCAAUUCUCCAGCUUAAAAUUUUUUUUAUAUUUUUAUUUUUUUCUGUUUGGCUUAUGAGAGAACUUAACUUUGUAAGUCUUAACUCUCCAGUCCAGCGCAUGCAGAGUUGUUACAGCGUAGGGUGUUUGGUUAUGUGUUUUGUGGCUGCUCUAGGAACUUAACCAGCAUUAAACAAAAGGAGAUUGUAGAUUGAAAUAAUUUGUGCUUUGUGGCUGAAUUUUAAUGCUCUGGGAACUUAAGCAGCAUUGGACAAAGGGAGAUCUAAGAUUGAAAUAAUUUUGGCAAAAAAUGAUACGAGUAGCAAACUAUAUUUAAUUGGGUUGUGGGUGCAUGUGCAUUUCCUGGGAUGGACUCAUUUCAGUUUCAUAAGCUAGUUCACAAUAAAAAGCAGAGAUGGGUUUUUAUGGUGGUGGUAUUGGCUUUUACUUAUCUAUUGUUUCAGUCCCUGCUGCUUCCAUAUGAGAAAGCUAUUCGGUCAUUGUUGCCGGAUGAUGAGGUUCCGAUAGGUGGUGAAAGUAGCUUUCUGAAUAUACAUUCUGCUGCCAAGUCUUUGAUGGUUCAUUAUCCAUUACUGGUUAAUGCAUCGGAGUUUAGUACUGAUUUGAUGUUAGUUGGGGUGGUGAAAAAUGAGGAUAAUCCUGAUGCUGGAGGAAAAAUUGGGCAUGGUGGUGGGGUAUAUCACAAGGCCAUUGAUAUAGAGAACGGUUUUGCAUCUGAAGUGAAAGGCAUAUAUGAUGGUCGUGAACGUGUUGUGGAUGGAAAUUUAAAUGGCAGUUCUCCAUCUGAGGUUUCUGUAUAUAACAAUGAGAGUUUAGCAUUGCAUAAUGUUAAAAAACAGGAAAGUAUUUCACUUCUGGAUGAGGCAAAUGAAGGUAGAAAUGGUGUUUCUCUAGAGCAGUUUGUGAAACCAAAUGAUGGGGUUUCUAUGAGCAAAAAUAUAGAAGUGAAUUUUGCAUCUGAAGUGAAAGGCAUAUAUGAUGGUCGUGAACGUGUUGUGGAUGGAAAUUUAAAUGGCGGUUCUCCAUCUGAGGUUUCUGUAUAUAACAAUGAGAGUUUAGCAUUGCAUAAUGUUAAAAAACAGGAAAGUAUUUCACUUCUGGAUGAGGCAAAUGAAGGUAGAAAUGGUGUUUCUCUAGAGCAGUUUGUGAAACCAAAUGAUGGGGUUUCUAUGAGCAAAAAUAUAGAAGUGAAUACAAGUCUGGCUUCAGAAAAAUAUGAGGGAAUAGAUACAAUCAUCCAGUCUCUUCCAUUGGCACCUCCUGUAACAGCUUCACCAAUCACCAUCACCUAUCUAGAGAACGUGGUAUCAAAUGCAACCUCCUCAAUUGGUUCUGCUAUUCGGCCGGGUGAUGGUGCAAUUUCGAAAAAUGAUUCUGUAAUGACGAAUAGUACCGCAAAGAAGGAAUUGAGGUGUAACAUGCCACCAAAGUUGAUAACAUCAAUAUAUGAGAUGAACCGCAUACUAGUGAGGCACCGAGCUUCUUCACGUUCAAUGAGACCACGACGGUCUUCUGUACGUGACCGGGAAAUAGUAGCUGCAAAGUCACAGAUUGAGCAUGCACCUGUUGCAAUAAAUGAUCCAGAACUUUACGCUCCUCUCUUUCGAAAUGUUUCCAUGUUCAAAAACCAGCUUUUUGAAAACAAGUUAAGCCUACUGAUGGUGCUCUUUUGAAAAAUGAGUUUCAUUUUCAAACUUCCAUUCGAUUUCUUUUU